AUGCACCCCAUGAGAGCGCUCUUCCUCAUCCCCAGGAACCCUCCUCUCCUCGCCUCAAGUCCAAGAAGUGUGAAGAACUACACCCAGCGGGCCGCCCACAGACCAGAUCCUCAAGCACCCCCCUUCAUCCGGGUCCAGCCCUCACGAGAGGCAGUCCGCAUCCAGCUCAAGGACCACAUCGACCGCACCAAGAAAAAGAGGCGAGAAGGAAUCUUCUCGCGGAUGCAAGGACCCUGA